GAAAAAAAAACACUUGGCGACGUAAACAAACACACACGUGUGUACAUAGUCGGCCCGUUCUACCCAAUUUUGAUUAAUUUUCCAUGAUAUUUUGGUAAUUUUCCAAGUUCUAUAACAAGUACUGAAGAUGAAGGUAAAAGUAAUUUGUCGGAAUCCUGACCAUUAUCUUCGAGAGACGAAAAAUGACCUGCAUAAAAUGCAGAGAAAUUACGACCCUGAUUUGCACCCUUUGGAAGCCCCUCGAGAGUACAAGCAGGCGUUGAACGCCGUGAAAUUGGAGCGAGUUUUUGCUAAGCCGUUCUUGUGUAGCCUAGAUGGACACAGAGACGGUGUCUGUUGCAUGGCAAAACAUCCUGAAAGGCUCUCCAUAGUUGCCAGUGGUGCUUACAAUGGAGAGGUGAUCGUUUGGAAUUUGGCCUCUCGAAAACAAGAAGUUCGAAUGGUGGCUCACGAAAGGACCGUCAAAGGCAUGACCUUCGAACCAUCCGGAGAGCAUCUGAUCACUUGUGGAGACGACAAAACUAUCAAAAUUUGGAAAACUGAAAGAGACGACGACGAAGGAGAGAUUCUUCCCUCGAACACAAUCAUUUGCAAAAACUCGAUCAAUUCCAUUACCCACCAUCGAGAAGACAAGACUUUUGUCACUGCUGGCGAGGCUGUGGAAUUGUGGGACAGCACAAGAGACGAGCCCUUACGGACUUUUCAAUGGGGUGUUGACCCCAUCCAUUGCGUACAAUUCAACCAAGUUCAGACAAACUUGAUUGGUGCAUGCAGUAGUGACAGGAGCAUCAUGAUUUAUGAUAUGAGGAAUGCUGGACCGGUUCGGAAAGUUACCAUGAGUCUGAAAGCAAACAAAAUCUGCUGGAAUCCCAUGGAAGCUUUCCAUUUCACAGCUGCUUCGGAAGAUUUCAACUUGUACACUUUUGACUGUCGGAACCUUUCGAUUCCAUUGACAAUGCAUGUUGGACACACCUCGGCGGUCAUCGAUGUUGAUUACUGCCCCACAGGAAUGGAGUUUGUCUCGGGAAGUUACGACAAAACUAUCAGAAUUUUUGAGUCCUCAAAGAUCACAUCUAGAGAAAUCUAUCACACAAAGAGAAUGCAGCGACUGACAUGUGUUGCCUACACCUAUGACAGCCGUUACAUUAUUUCCGGGUCAGACGAAAUGAAUCUUCGACUCUGGAAGGCUAUUGCUUGGCAGAAGCAUGGUGUUGUGAAACCGAGAGAACGAGCGGCCAUGCAGUAUGGAGAUACGCUGAAGGAGAAAUUUGCAACACAUCCACAAAUAAAGAGGAUUUCCAAACACAGACAGGUUCCUCAGCAUGUCUACAAUGCUUCCAGAGAACAUAGAAUUAUUCAUCAAAAGAUGAAGCGAAAGGAGUACAACCGAAAGGCGCACUCAAAGAAGGGCACCGUUGAAAUUGUGCCUGCUAAGCUUAAAUCUGUCAUUAAGGAAGAUGAAUAAAUAUUGAAUUUAUUUUCAUUUACUCUGGAAUAUAAAA